UGUUACGGUAAAUCUUCACCGCCCGGCUGAAACUCAAACGGGGAGUGGGUCCUUGAGGCCGAUUAUGUAAGUGCGCCAAGAACCGACCCCUGGUCAAUGAUACGAAGCUCCAAACUGUCCUCUCCAAAAGUGCACGUUGAGUUCCAGCUUCACUGGCGAGAGGCAGCACCACACUCCAACGCAGGGCCACCAUGUCGGCCGAUCCGCUUCACGCCCUCGCCAGCGCGGGGAAGGCGAAGAGCACCCGCAGCGUGCUGCGUGUUGUCAUCCUCGCCCUCAUCGCUGGCGCCGCAAUUGCAAGUCGCCUGUUCUCAGUGAUUCGAUUUGAGAGCAUUAUCCAUGAGUUCGAUCCGUGGUUCAACUUCCGAGCGACCAAGUACCUUGUUGCGCAUGGUUUCUACAAAUUCUGGGACUGGUUCGACGACCGGACAUGGCAUCCCCUGGGCCGCGUGACUGGUGGUACUCUCUAUCCCGGCCUGAUGGUGACGAGCGGCGUCAUCUACCACGCCCUUCGAGCCCUCACGAUUCCCGUAGAUAUCCGGAAUAUCUGCGUUCUCCUUGCUCCGGGUUUCUCCGGGCUUACAGCCAUUGCCGCCUAUCUUCUUACCAAUGAGAUGACCACGUCGAAUUCGGCCGGUCUCCUAGCCGCCGCCUUCAUGGGCAUUGCCCCCGGCUAUAUCUCUCGGUCGGUUGCUGGCAGCUAUGACAACGAAGCUAUCGCCAUCUUCCUGUUGGUCUUUACCUUCUACCUCUGGAUCAAGGCAUUGAAACAAGGCUCCAUGUUGUGGGGGGCUCUCUGCGCUUUGUUUUAUGGCUACAUGGUUGCCUCUUGGGGAGGCUAUGCCUUCAUUACCUGUCUUCUGCCCCUCCACGCCUUCGUUCUGAUCUGCAUGGGCCGCUACAGCACCCGGCUGUAUGUUUCGUAUACCACGUGGUAUGCCUUGGGCACAUUGGCCAGCAUGCAGAUUCCUUUCGUUGGUUUCCUGCCUGUGAAGACCAGUGAACACAUGCCGGCUUUGGGCAUCUUUGGCUUCCUUCAGCUGCUCGCUUUUCUGGAUUACGUCCGCUCAGCGAUUCCGAGCCGCCAGUUCCAGACGUUCUUAUGGGUGUUUGCCGGCGGAAGCUUCGGGUUAGGUUUGGCGGCAUUGGCCAUCGCUACCAGCGCCGGAUUCAUUGCCCCCUGGAGCGGUCGGUUCUACUCGCUCUGGGACACAGGUUACGCCAAAAUCCACAUCCCAAUCAUUGCCUCGGUGUCGGAGCACCAACCGACGGCAUGGCCCGCCUUUUUCUUUGACCUUAACAUGCUGAUCUGGCUUUUCCCCGUCGGCGUCUACCUUUGCUUCCAGGAGCUUGCUGAUCAGCACGUUUUCAUUGUUGUCUAUGCUCUGUUUGGAAGCUACUUCGCGGGCGUGAUGGUCCGCCUGAUGCUCACCCUUACACCUGUGGUUUGUGUUGCCGCGGCCAUCGCGGUCUCGACGCUCCUCGACAUUUAUCUCACUGCCAAGUCCCCCAAGCCUGUGGAGGGCCAGCCGGCGGACGGUGGUGAUGGAGCUGCAAAGAAAGCGGUCAAAUCUGGCCUCAAAUCGACAAGCAAGCCACUGAUCGGUGUCUAUGGGCUUUACAGCAAGGUGGCCAUCGUAGGCGCCCUAACAGUCUACCUGUUGCUGUUCGUUCUGCACUGCACGUGGGUGACGUCCAAUGCCUACUCAUCGCCGUCAGUCGUUCUGGCAAGCAGAUUGCCGGAUGGCAGUCAGCACAUCAUCGACGACUACCGCGAGGCAUACCAGUGGCUUCGGCAGAACACGCGCGAGGAUGCCAAGAUCAUGUCAUGGUGGGAUUACGGUUACCAGAUUGGUGGAAUGGCCGACCGUCCGACGCUAGUCGACAAUAACACGUGGAACAACACACAUAUUGCGACAGUGGGCAAGGCAAUGAGCUCGCGCGAGGAGGUCAGCUACCCGAUCAUGCGCCAACACGAGGUUGACUACGUCUUGGUCGUAUUUGGCGGUCUCCUUGGUUACUCGGGCGAUGACAUCAACAAGUUCUUGUGGAUGGUGCGUAUCGCCGAGGGCAUCUGGCCUGACGAGGUCAGCGAACGCGCAUUCUUCACCCCACGAGGCGAGUACCGCGUGGAUGGUGAUGCUACUGAAACCAUGAAGAACAGCUUGAUGUACAAGAUGUCGUACUACAACUACAACAAGCUCUUUCCGCCAGGCCAAGCCAUGGACCGGAUGCGUGGCGUCCGCCUCCCAGAGGUGGGGCCAUCGCUCAGCACGAUCGAAGAGGCGUUCACAAGCGAGAACUGGAUUAUUCGCAUCUACAAGGUCAAGGACCUUGAUAAUCUUGGCCGCGACCAUGCGUCAGCGGCGGCAUUCGAUCGCGGGCACAAAAAGAAGAAGGCCACGAAGAAGAGAGGGCCUAGGCUCCUCCGGGUAGAUUAGGACAUAGCUUUUAUAGAGGGCCUUUUGUGUAUAAACAAGUAUGUCACAACCGAUUUUCUUUUCUCAUUAUGGUCUGGGAAGGAUCCGGAAAAACAAAUGGGUGUGGUAUAUCAGAUGAAAACAUGGAUACGUGAAUUACUACCUGUCGCCGGCGUCGGCACAAUCGUCAAAUUUUUCCACAAUUACCCUCACUGAGCGUGCGUGCGGCCUAUUGUGUGUGCUUGCUUCUGCUGAACAAUGCAUCCAUUGGCCUCCUCAAUAGGU